CGUUUUCCAGUGUAGUGCGUUGAUUUCAUACCAAAGUCAUACCUAACAUUCCACUUACACUGUCAAACCAGGAUAAAUAUUAUUGAAAACGAUAAUGCGCCCAAAAAUUACGUAUCAAAAUGAGUAAGUUACCUUCGCUUUUGUCAGGAGGGGUCACUACCAAAUAAUAGCUGCUUGGAUCUGGACCACUUUCCUCUAAACUUGUUCUCCAGAAGAAUCAAGUGGUUAUAUACCCAAGAAUUGACAGACAGAGAAAGGCAAAUUGGAGGAAUACAUAACUCGACAUUUUACGCGCUGUUUUGCUGCACCCCAUAGCCUCCCAUCACAGAUGUGCUGUGUUUUACCCAUAAGGAAUCAAAGGGCCUUUCUUCUUUAUCCUCUGACUGUGGGGCUCGGGGUCGGGCCCAGGGUGAGCCGCCACCAUUGCGUCCAACGAGUGGAGUGCCAACGGUAGCCCGGGGGAUGGGCUGGACGAGGGGAACGAUGAGCUGGACAAGGCCAUGGACGGGGACGCCGAGGGGGUGUGGAGCCCAGACAUAGAGCAAAGCUUCCAGGAGGCCCUGGCCAUCUACCCCCCCUGUGGACGGAGGAAAAUCAUCCUCUCAGACGAAGGCAAGAUGUACGGUCGCAAUGAGUUGAUAGCCAGGUACAUCAAGCUGAGGACAGGCAAAACCCGCACAAGAAAACAGGUAUCUAGUCACAUACAGGUGUUAGCACGGAAGAAAGUUCGAGAAUACCAAGCGGGUAUCAAGGCCAUGAAUUUGGACCAGGCGUCUAAAGACAAGGCCCUCCAGAACAUGGCAGCACUGUCGUCUGCUCAGAUUGUGUCACCGAGUCUGAUCAAGAGCCAGCUACCCCCGCUGCCCCAUUCUCCCUACCCCCCGCAAGCCAGGUUUUGGCCAGGCCCUAUCCCAGGACAACCUGGCCCCUCUCAGGAGCUGCUUCUAGAGCUCAACCCGGGAAGGAUUCCUGGGCUUGGCCGCAACAGCUAUGCUAUCAAACCUUUUGCACAGUCCCCAUACCCAAACCUACCAGGCCCUGCCCCCCCACCUAUAUCAACCUAUGAACCCUUGGCUCCCCCCCUCCCCCCGGCUGCUACGGCAGUGCCCGUGUGGCAGGACCGGACCAUCGCCUCCUCCAAGCUGCGGAUGCUAGAGUACUCUGCCUUUAUGGAGGUGCAGAGGGACCCUGACAACUACAGCAAACACUUGUUUGUCCACAUUGGUCAGACCAACCCCUCCUACAGCGACCCUCUGCUGGAGGCAGUGGACAUCAGGCAGAUCUACGACAAGUUCCCAGAGAAGAAAGGCGGACUCAAAGAGCUUUAUGAGAAAGGCCCCCAGAAUGCCUUUUUCCUAGUCAAAUUUUGGGCGGAUCUUAACAGCAGUGGCAUGCAGGAUGGCCCAGGCUCCUUCUAUGGAGUCAGUAGCCAGUACAGCAGCUCUGAGAACAUGACCAUCACCGUCUCCACCAAAGUCUGCUCAUUCGGCAAACAGGUGGUCGAGAAAGUGGAGACGGAGUACGCCCGAAUGGAAGGAGGAAAGUGUGUCUACAGGAUCCACCGCUCUCCCAUGUGCGAGUACAUGAUCAACUUCAUCCACAAGCUCAAACACCUGCCAGAAAAAUACAUGAUGAAUAGUGUUCUGGAAAACUUUACCAUCCUUCAGGUGGUGACAAACCGUGACACUCAGGAGACCUUGCUGUGUAUAGCGUUUGUGUUUGAGGUCUCAACGAGUGAACACGGGGCACAGUACCACGUCUACAGGCUUGUCAAAGACUGACCCACCCACCCACCGUUCUGCAGGGAGGUUUGGGAAUCGGCUUCCAAAGUACUGCGUGACACAAUCUGUACAGUACACACAGACUGCUCAACUGCCGAGAAACAUUCAAAACGACGUUAGAAUGAACUGACAUGAACAGAUUUUAUACUUCCACACGUUUUGGUAAAAUAGGAAAAAGGAUGAAGUCUCAACAGACAGGAAAGGCAACUUAUUAACCAUAUAUUUAAAUGUGCUCAGACAAAGUGGGUCAUAUUGGUAAUGACAAUAAAAUGUACAGUAGCUUGAGAUGUUCUCACUGAGGGAAUGAGAAGGUGUAACAAGGUUUAAGAGAGUCGUCUCCAAGGGAACACACUCUAAGCAAUAUGGGAAUAAGUGUAUAGAUUGGAACGGUACAGCUACAAGGACCAUCGAAGAGGAGCAAACCCAAAAUAAUCAAAGUAGAACUUUCCUACCGAGUGGUGUUGAUAAAUUAGAUAGGCACUUGGCUAACGUCCUUUCUCCAAAGACAAGUACUGAUUGAUUGCCAGCCUCUCUGGUAUGCCUUAUUUACUACCUCUUGUCUUUAAAUAAACCGAAAGAAACCACACAGAUGUACAUGCAUCAAUUCAUUGCAAACGGAACAUUACUAUGCAGUUCACCCUUAUCUAGAUCCUUGAAGCACACUUCUUAUCCAGGCACAUUGUGUUAUGGACAGAGAUGGAUGAAACUCUUAUUCGUUUUCACUUGAUGUGUUGUCAUGAAUGGUUACACGUUUGGCUGCAGUCCAUAUGUACAGUAAGGGGAUAGCACGAUCAGAGCAUUCAUUUCGAAACCCUUGGCUUAUUGGGUCUAGACAACAACACAUCUAUGUGCUGCAGUGCACUUAAAAUAUCAAGAAAGGGUGAAGCAACAAAUAUAUGUUUAUUUUCUGCCUUUAGUUCUGAUAUUGAAAUGAACUGUUUCUUUACUGUGAGUCAGUGGAUGCUACAGGAAUAUGUGUUACAUAGGAGUAUUUUGGGGACGUGUUUAUAUUUGUGAUUAACUUUAACUCGGCACAGAGACUAUAGCGGUUCUCUUAGAGCGGAUUCAACACUGUUUUCUUAAAAACAUGGCUUGAGAAUUCGCCCGAUUAGAACUUGCCAAAUUGUAACUGACCAAAUGUAAGGGUGAGUUCAACUAAUGUAAGAACUCCAGGUUUUCUUAUCCAAUCUCCCCAUUUGAGCAAUCCCAAUUGAUGGAUUUCACAUUUAGUCUGAUUGUAGGCCUACAUGAUGUGAGAGAAGUUUCUCUUUUGUAAAUGUAACCAAUAAAAACAAAAGCUAUCUCUUAUCUUAUGAGCUUAUCUCAAGAAAUUCUACUCUUAAUUUGUCAAUGCCAUUGGCCAAUGAAAAACAGCUUUUAUGUUUCUAAAAAGACCUAUCCUCUCUGUGCUGUGGUGUGUGACCAUUGAUUGUUAUUUAUAUUGAAACUAAUGGUGGGAGGGCUGGGCUGGGCUGAGCUAUGGGCCAUGUGUUUAUCCUUUGCCAUGGCAAUGGAGGUGUUACAAGUAUUGCUGAGCUAAACUUUAUACUAAAGACAAGAUAACUGUCAUCCCAUGGAUCUAGAUAGGGGAUGGUCUCUGCCUUGGAUGGUUCACUGGGCUUCUGUCAGAAGAAUUCAUACAUCAGACUUUGUAUGGUGGAUUUAGUACACCAGGAUUUGAAUGUCAUACUUCAAAAGCUAGACUUAAAAUUACUGCUUAAUCUUUACUAGCGGAUGUCUCAAUUGUACCUUUUUUUACAGGCCCUUGGUUUUUCUAUGAUCAUAAUUCAUAUUUUUGUUUGUCGUUUUAUUUUUUUGACUUUCAUUGGAAGCCAUAUGCAUCCGUUGAAAACGUGUUUUUGUUGACAUUGAUGAUGAGAUCUUAUGUAUCAUAAUCUGAAUGGUGUGGGAAAGUUUUUUUGGUUAAUAGGUGGUUUACUGUGGCCUUGGUUACCAAUUGUGCAUUGCAUUUUUGUAUGUUAUCUUCGAAGUAAGGGGGGUUGUAUUAUAUAAUCCAAUCAAAAAAUAUGUAUAAUCUAACAAUAAAAGACGCAUUGUGCCUUUGGGGCCAUUUCCCCCCCCAGAAAACCCAUUAAAACAUGUUUGUAAUUUGA